AUGGACUUCGGAGUCAUCGCCCGUGAAGAGCUCGUCGGCAGGUUCAGCCUGCUCGACUGCGGGAUUUUCAUCGCCAUGCUGGCGAUGUCCGGUGCGCUGGGACUGUACUGCGCAUUCAACGGCGGGCCGCAAAACACGACCCGGCAGUUGUUGGUGGCAGAUGGCCGCCUGCCGCCAAUACUGGCGAGCACGUCGCUGAUGGCGUCAUUCAUAUCGGCGUCAUUCAUCCUCGGGAACGUGGCCGAGGUCUACCAGUACGGCACAAUGUACAUGUUUACAUUGCUGUCGUACGUAAUAACCAUACCCUUCACAGCGCACCUGUUCAUGCCAGUGUUCUACAACAGCGGAACGCUGAGCUGCUACGAGUACUUGGAGCGCCGCUUCAAUCGUACUCUCCGCAUUCUUGCGGUGGUGGCCUACAUAGCGCAGACGUUGAUCUACAUCGCCAUCCAGCUCUAUGCCCCCGCGUUGGCGUUGUCGAAUGUGACGGGUAUGGGAAUCUGGACAGCGCUGAUUGCCAUCGGUGUGGUUUGCACCAUCUACACAUCGGUCGGCGGAAUAAAGGCUGUGGUCUACACAGACACUUUCCAGGCCGUAUGCAUGAUCAUCGCCCUGAUGAUCAUUGUCGUCGUCGGCAUCGAUCGGGUCGGAGGCCUCGCUGUCGUGUGGGACAUCGCGAUGAAAGGAGAUCGCAUCCACUUCGACGAGACUGAUCCUAAUCCGACAGUACGGCACUCGAUCUGGGGUCUCGUCAUCGGGAGCUCAUUCUCCAACUUGGCUUCUUACGCUACGAACUAAAUGAUGGUUCUUAGGUACCACACCGUAUCAUCACUGCCAAGAGCCAAGCUGGUUGUCUGGGGAAAUCUCCCGCUGCUGGCAAUCGUCCUGAUGUUUUCUUGCUUCUCGGGAUUAAUGACGUACGCAUUCUUCCACGGAUGUGAUCCCGUCGCGACGAAAUUGAUCAGCAGCCAUGACGAGCUCCUCCCGCACUUCGUGAUGGUCGUCUUGGGGGAGACCAGAGGCCUCCCAGGCGUAUUCGCUACUGGGAUUUUCGCCGCCUCGCGUAGUUCGAUAUCAUCGGCUAUCAAUUCGCUGGCGAACGUCUGCUACAUGGACAUCAUCUGUUUGAUGUGGCCCAAGAUCUCCAACGAGACCGGCGCUCGUAUAAUCAACGCCCUCGGAGUCGCUUGUGGCAUCCUUUCCAUGCUCCUCGUACUCUUCGCUCAGAGUAUGGGCGACGUGUUGAAAGCGACCGAUGUCAUAAACUCCGGAUUGGGCGGUCCUCUGUUGGGGGUCUUCUCCGUUGCCAUGUUCCUCCCAUUCGUCAACUCGACGGGCGCCACCGUGGGGCUUCUCGCUUCCCUCGUCGUGUCCCUCUGGCUCAACGUCGGCUCCUUGAGUUCCUCAAUUCCGAAUCCGUUGACUACUCCAUCGAUAUCCCUCCGCGGAUUCAUCAAAAUUCCAUCCCGAAACGAAGUGGAAUUCAUCCUCCAAAGAGAGCCCGAUGACAUGCCUUCUGAAAAAGUUCCCAUCGACGAGAAUUCGGGAACUCAUGUUCUCGAUCUCCAUCAGAUGCCGCCCAAAAAGCGUCAAAGACUCGAUGAUUCGCUGAGAGAAGAGAGUAUCAGUUGUGCAACCCCCUUGACCGACGCGAAUCCGCAAUCCCAAUCGGACUCUUCAGGAUCUGAUCAACUCGACAAUCCCAUUUGGAAACAUUUUGAGAAAAUCAGUGACCUUCAAGCGAGAUGCAGAUCGUGCCCGAAGAUCUUGUCGACGAACAAGAAGAGUUAUAGCGGAUUACGGGGGCAUCUAGCCUUGCACGAGAAGGACGGCCCCGUUGUGAACAGGCUAGCACUGAAGAGUUGGCUCAUUGCGAGCAUGAUCUCCGUGCUGAACAUUCCGUGCCAAGUCUUCGGCUCAUUGAUCAUGAGGUGCCUCUUCUGGCUCGCUCGCCUGGGCCUUGUGAGUGACCAAUUAGCCCGACGAACCCUGGACUGCGAGGCGGAACGGGUCAAACAAGAUAUUGAGGAAGCCAUUUCGGAGCUCAAGAAUGCGGGAGCCGUGUUCACCUUAACUGCUGAUGAGUGGACGCAUCAGCAAAAGGGAUUCUUGGGUUAUAGUCCGAACCAGGAAAACGAAGUGAACAAACAAUUACUCUCAAAAUUCACCGAACAAGCGAAUGUCUCGACCAUCGAGCAGGCUUUGGAGACAUCACUGGCGAACUUGGACCUGGAGCUGACGGAUAUAAGCGGGUUGAAAAGUGAUGCAGCCUCUGUAAUGCGCAAACUUGGGAGAAACUUGGAGAGAGCCGUAGCUCCAAAACCGUUUUAUCAUCAGCUUUGUCUAGCUCACGGGCUUCAUUUGGCGGUGUUGGAUGCCAUGAAGAUAUCAGGAACCCUACAUUCAAGAGUGGAAACUCCGGAGACUGACGAUGAGCAAGACACGGAACCCUUGACAUUGGUAGAUGCGGCUGAGAAUGGUGGAAUCGACAACGGAGACAUCGGAGAGUCCUCCGAAAGCAGAGACUCAGAGGAAUCGGAAACGGCACAUUCGGAUGAUGGCAGCGAUGACGGGUUCACAUUUAGGUCGGCGGCGACCCUUGUGAAGAAGAUCCGCGACGAAGUUCGAAAAUUUCAAAAAAGUGGGACGAAGAAUGAUCGCUUGAUGUCAGUCGCCAAAGAAUUGGGGGGAGCAACCAUGAUGAAGCUCGUCCUCGAUGUCAAAUCACGCUGGAACAGUACUUUACGAAUGCUCCGCAAUUUUCUCGUUUUCGAAAACGCCAUCCGGAAAGUUCUCGGCCCCGACUUCCCUCUUACGAAGACUGAACUUCUGGAAGUCUCAGAAUUAGUCAGAGCUCUUUCACAUGUCGAGCAGUGCAGCAAGCGACUAUCAAUGCAAAAUCUCACCUUUUACAAUGCUGAUUGUGCUUUGCAACGGAGGGGUGUGCCAAUGCGAUUGUCGAGAUACAUCCACGAAAAGGGUGAAGAAGCUGAUCUCGAAACUUGGUUGGCGGAGGCUCGCGAUAGGGCAGCUCUUGAGGGGGAGGCUAGAAUGUGCGCCUCAUUCGCUUCCACGGGCAACAUCGAGACAGAGAUCCGGGGGUUCACCGUGACCGGAGCGACCGAUUGGCCCGAGAACCAGGCUGACGAUGACCUGGACGAGUUCGAGAUUUCGUUGCGAGCUGAUCAGGGCAAGAAAGUCGCGAGUGGAAUACCCACGAAGGAGCUAAUGAAACUCCACAAGAAGGGAGUGGAUGUGCUCCCAGGAAAGAUGAUCGAAACAAUCAACGCCGUGCAGCCGACGAGCGUUCCGGCUGAAAGACUAUUCAGCAGAGCCCGCCAUGCGCGGCGUUACUGCCAGGAAAGUCAAUCGGAUGAGCGUUUCGCCGAUAUCCUAUUGCUGAAGGAUAUUUUCCUUUCUAGUAAGCCCUGGCAAAAGUUUAACGAAGACCACGACAUAACUGAAGGCUGCCAUCUCCGCUACGACGACAAUAAGCAAUAA